AUGGUUGACAAGCUGAAAGCAAACGCAAAAUAUGAUGGGCACAAUGGAACUCCAUCAGCGUGGCAAGAUGACGCAGACGCAGUCAUGUGCUCUGAGUAUCUCCUUGGGUUGUUCGAAGGGUUUCAGGGCAAUCUGACAAAGGCAGUAGCUCACAUGGAUCGUGGGUUGAAACGUCUUCUUGACCGACCAAUGCGUCUUCUGUAUGGUGAAACACAACAUGUUUCUCUUGAUGCAACCCCUAAUAUCUCCACGAAUCUCCUUUCCCGAAUUCAACGGAAAGCCCUUGGUUUAUUCGGCACGUCACAUCGCAUCGUCGAACGUUGCUCAGGCAAUACAGAUCCGCCGGACGUGCCUAUUCAAUUCGCAACACUCGAAGAAGCACGAGACUUCAUGUUCACUGAGAUCGACUAUAUGAUACACAUUCCAGCCACUGUCUGGCGUGCUUCAGACGAACGUCAACCGGCUCAGCAAGUCCACGUUGAGCGUCUUCUGAGGUGGUCUGUGGCAUACGCAAACAUGAUUGAGAAGUUAGACCUUACAGACCAGCAAAAGAGGAUUUGCAUGCUUCUUAAACUCACUAGAAGCUUAGCAUAUCUGCUGCUAUACCUUAUCCUGUACGUCCAUGUGGACGAGCAUCUCAGGGAAGACUUGGAUGAUGUAAAUCGAAACAGCACAACAAGACACUGUGAACAAUCCGAUGGAAGUUCUUGGUUAGACAUGCUUGGUAUUGGAAUGCGUGAGGAGAGUUUGGGCUCGCUGGAUGAGAUUUAUGGUCACGACCUAGAGCUCGACUAUCAUGACAUUCCAGACAAUCUUGCCUAUACGACCACAGCACUAUGGACUGCGAUCUCAGGACGAGAAGAACUGAUGGCCAACCUAGGCAGGCUCAAGAUCAUGAGCGACACGAUCCUAGAUGAAACGUCACCCUUCCACUACGUUGAGCAUAGCGUCUCAUUCGACAGCGGCAUCGGCCAACCACUAAAUGCCGCCAGAGAGCCGGAAUCUUCAGCAAAAACGAAGCAUCUGGUAAAGUCCUUGAUGAGUAAGAAAGUACCGUGUAGCGAUGAUGAAACUUGGGACUGGCUAGGUGUUUACGGCGUUGCAGAAAAUCUGAGCGCAAUCGAGGAACAUGCUGUUGUCGAAGUGACGAAGAGCAAAGUACCCAAGGAAAUUAAUCCGAGGUGGAUCGACAUUACACAUUUUGCAGAAAGUCGGAGGCUGCUGUUGAGGUACUGUUAUCAUGGUGAUGAUGGGUUGGGCUUGAGAUGGAGGCAGGAGUGGUGGGCUUUUUGA